AUGGAUCAGGGCGCCGGCAUCGUCGAGUCCUUCAUGGAGAUCACGUCGUGCGGCUCCGAUUCUGUCGCCGUGAGCCACCUGUCGUCCUGCGGCUGGCGCCUCGACGACGCCAUCAACCUCUACUUCUCCACCGGCCCCGCCGCCGCCGACCCGGUCGUACCGCGCGAGUCCGAUCCCAUCCAAGGAGGCCUCGCCGGCGCCGAUGCCGACGGGGUGCGCGCUCCCAUCCCCGCACGGUCCGAGACGUUGUACAACGUCAGCCAAGCCGCUGGUUCCAGUAACGCCUACACGGCCCCAUCCAUAUGGGCCGUGGAGAGGAAGCCACCGACGGUUCAACCGGUGGAUGUGGAGAUGCAAGAAGCAUCUAUGUCUGAAUCUGGAAUAAAAGCCAACGUCCGGGUCGCCAACAAGGGAGAGGAACAAGUGAUGGAGCGUGCCGAAGACGUUGGAACUCACCGCGGCGCGGGGGCGGAAGACGAAGCUCACGGGGCUGAUGACGGCAUGGAGACAUCGGAUCAGGAAGAUGGAUAUGACGACUCGUCGUACGGCUACGACACGGAGGCCGAGGAAGACAGCAACGACGAGCAAGACGACGACGAUUCCUACUUACAGGCGGCUGAGACAGACCACCUGGAUGCGUUGGAGGGGCCGGGCCAUCUGCCACGACAGCGGGCCGACAACACCAAGACGUUGGACGACCUGUUCCAACCUCCGCACAAGAUCAUGUUCAAGGGGAGCUUCCAUGAGGCGAAGAUACAAGCGGCGAGAACCGACCGGUGGCUGCUUGUCAACGUCCAGUCUCCCGGCGUGUUCACGUCGCACCUCCAUAACAGGGACCUGUGGUCCAACGAGGUGGUUGUCCAGGUGAUCAAGGACAACUUUGUCUUCUCGCUGAUGGAGAAGCAGAGCACGGAGGGCGGCAAGGUGUGUUGCUUCUACAGGCUCGACGACGAUCAGCUCCCUGCCGUGCUCGUCCUGGACCCCAUCACCGGGCAGCUGCUGGACAAGUGGUGCGGCCUCGUCCAAGACCCCGGCGAUUUCCUCACCAGCAUUGGCAAGUACACGGAGUCCAAGCCCGGCAUGCUGUCCAGACCCAAAAAGAUCGUCAAGAGAGCCGCAACGCCUGAACCCACCGUGGCGCAGGAACCAGCAAUAGUGCCUAAGAACCCUGUACUCCCUAGUGCACAAGAACCGGCACCGGUGCCCAAGAAUGAGGCGCCCGCGGCGAUGGCCGAGGACGAGCAGCCUAUGGAAGGAGAGACGGUCUGCAAACUGAGGGUACGGUUCCCUAGUGGUAAUACGGUCACCAAGGAGUUUGGGAGUAAGCGGAGAGUUUCGGCGCUCUUCGCCUACUGCAGAUCAGUUGAUCAUGAGCAGAAGGGGACAGAGCAGGCCUUCCGUAUCAUGAGGUUUGCUGCCGGGCGAACCUUUGUGGAGCUGCGCAACGACGAUGCCUCGUUUGAAGAUUUGAAGCUGAAUCGCGAUACAGUCACGGUUGUUAUGGAUACUUGUGCCUUUCGAAAGAAUAUUACUCAGUGAUUUGGUCAUGUACUUAGGGCAUGUACAAUGGGGUGACGCAGCCUUCUCUUAGCGAUGCCACAUAGGAUAAAAUCUGAUGUGAAAGAGAGAAAUGAAUAA